AGACAUGCUCACUGCAUGCGGUGUGAUCAGUAUAGCAGCGCUCUCUGGUUCUCCACAUCUCAUUCUCUAGAAGAUGGCGGACUGCGCUUCACUGUUAGAUGAGGAGUUCUCUUCAUUUGUCUUCAAUUACUUGACUGAAAACUCCGGGAGCCAGUUUGGGGAAGAGGAGGUCUCCUCAGGCCGCCUGGAUGCUGACUUCCCCGACUUCGACCUCUCGCAGCUGGACGCCAGUGACUUUGAUUCGGUGAACUGCCUGGGCGAGCUGCCUUGGUGCAAUGAGCAAUCAGACCAAUCCCCUGCCUCCAUACAGUACAACGCUGGAGAUCCAGAGCUAUUUGAGGAAGAAAAUGCAGCGCUGCUCGCUGCGCUCACAGACAGCCUGGACGGCAUUGUAGAGGAUGGAGUCGGGGGUCUGUCUGUGUUCCCUUCCCUGGGGGAAGACCCUGAUGAGGGCGAAGAGGACGAAGACGACCUCCAUUUGGACAGUGAGCCCCUCACUGGCUCACUGAGCCCAGAGACAGAAGACCCGUCUCUACUAAAAAAGCUCCUGCUGUCGCCCCCUAAUGUGCCUGUGAGCCUUGAGACGCACAAAAAUGGCGGCGUGCAUCGCCAUAGCAGCAGGAUUCUGCACGUCAAGCCCGCGAGGCCUGUGCUGAAGAAGAACAAGACAAGCACACAAGAGCGUAGGCUGCGACCAGUGAGACCCGCCGGGCGUCUUUGCACUGAACUCCAUCGCCACCUCACCACCGCACAGGAAGCCGAGGAUACGCCUUCCGCAGACGAAGAUGAGGAAGAAGAAGAGGACAGUGACUCAGAAGAGGAAGAGGAGGAGUCAUCCAGCAGCGAGGGCGAGAGCACGGUGUGCGUCGAGCCACCAAAGCCCCAGUUCACCUCAGAAAAAGAACUGCACUCUGUAGUCGAGCUCAUUAAAUACAUGCACACAUACUGCGUGCCGACACGCAAGCAGGCCGGCUGGGAUCGCAAAGAGCGCGAGGCGCUGGCGCGUAAGGCCAAAUCCGAAAACUCUCACGUUUCCCACAGCCUUCCUCAGAACUCUCACAAGCCCGCCCCCCAAAAUUGCAAUAGCAGCGCGUCCAGGCCACGCGUUCCCUUCACUCGCCGCAGGGAAAUCAAAGCCCACUCCCUGCUCAAGGAACUACUGGAGGCCGUCAGCUCGUUUGACGUAAGCAAGCCUUACAGAAUGCACAGCCCUCCUUACAGCCACGGCAGAGGGGACGUGGCACAGCCCGACCGUGAGGUUAUUUCCCCCUCCGCACGCCAGGCUAAAGCCGAACCUAGAGACUGUGAGAGCUCGCAAAAGGCCGCAAAGCGUCCCAAGAGCCCCGAGCCCGAGGAGGGCUCCUUCUCAGUCAGGCGCUCUCGCCGGCUUGCUUCUUUUCCCAGCAGGUUUGCUAAGAGGGUCCGCGUGAGCUCCGAUCGGUCAGAACGAAGUACUGGGCAUUUCGGUGAAGAGGAGAAUGCGGUCAAACAUCCUCCCGUAGACGCAACUGACAGCCAAAAGAUCAACAUCCUCAAGAGUCCUGAAACUCAUAACCCGUGCUGCAGUGACGAGAAACGCGCCUGCCUCUGUCUGCCGCUGGCUUCCAAAUCCAACGGAGACACGCAGUAUGCCACCAAGUCCUUUGAGCAGACUCUCUGCAUGGAGCUGUGCGGCACAGCAGGCCUCACUCCCCCCACCACACCCCCUCAUAAACCAGUGGAGGACGAGCUCUUUAAACCAGACGGCAAGGCUGAGCUCACCACCAAGAGCUCGUGCCUGGCACGGGCGCACAUACGCAAGCUCCCAGAGCAGACAGAACUGUAUGCCCAGCUGCGCCGAAUGGACCAGACGGGUGAUGCAGAAUGUAAGGGCGGCACGCAACGGGCGUACGGGGACCACGACUACUGCCUUCUGGGACUGGGGGAGAGUCGCAAAAGAACAGCGGCAGUGCUCAGCACCAUCGCACCCCGCCGAAAGAUACAAGAGAGCAACGGGGUGAUGGAGGGACAGGGGGAGAAGCUCGUAAAUACAAUGCCCGAAUACCAGCAGAGGACUGAGGCAGAGGAGAACCAGACCGCAGCAUUACCAACACUCAGUCCGGAGCAGACCAGCGAGCCCACUCCUGCCUGUUCACCCACCCAAGAGUUGGAUGCCCAGUCUCCGGUGUCCUGCUCGCCCCCUUCCCCCGGCUGCACGAUUUCCUUCAGCAGUGAGAGCUCUGAGACAUGCCAUGAACCAUCGGAUAAAAGAAGCAAGAUAAAGUGUGGACAAGAGAAUGAUGUGAACAAGUGCCAAGUGAUCUACAUUCACAACCUUCCGAGCAGCGUCACUCAGUCCAUGCUGCGUAAGCGCUUCGAGGCCCUUGGUCACCCAGAAGUGGUCAUCAAAGACGAGGAGCGUUGUGGAGUUAUCACACUGCGGCCCUCUCAGAACGGCCCGACUCAACGGCACAGGUGGGACUCCCUCAGUCCGGGCGGAGGGAACGGCAGCCGACGAUUCGGCAGGAAGCGUUACAUAGAUCUGGAUGAGGCAGGUCCAGGACCAGUAAAGAGCAAGUAUGAUGCAUUGGACUUUGACGCUCUACUGAAGGAGGCGCAAAGAAGCCUGCAUCGCUGACACGCCUUAGCACACCUCCGGCGUCCCCGCCCUGUCCGAGACUCGACUCAGAACCUCAAGCAAGGCACCUCUUCAUGUUUACAUUUGAAUAAAAAAAAUGGACCUUGUAACCGAGGAUCGGAGGACACUGGGGCAGGACGACACAACAAACACAAACAGCUUUGAAAACACGGACACAAGUGCUGCUUCUCGCACGCGUCUGUGACCCGGACGUCAUCUGUGACAUCGCGAGCGGCUCAGGCUCAGUAGCAAACCGCACUUAUUUCCGUUGGUUGUCGUGACGUGUGUGUGCUUUUCUAAUUUUGUUUUUACCCCUUUGUCACUCUUCAUAGACCUGCAAGGUGCUUUUAUCAUUUUGUCGUAUAAAUACAAUAUAUAAAUAAUAACUGCUUUGUAUUAGCGAAACUUUGUGGAUGUUCAACUCCGUGUGUGUGUGUGUGUGUGUGUUACGAUGAAAAGUGGAUUAAAAGCGGAUUUUAAAAAAAAACGUCACAAAAAAUCCUUACAAGGUAGAGUUUACAAAUCAAGAGGAAAAGAAAAAAUAGUCUUUUUGUAAUUUUAGUGCUUCCUUGAUUUCAUCUAUGCACUCAAACGAGGUAGUGUUUCUUUUAUCCGGUCUCUGACCUCCUCUGGUUUAAAAGGGGCUUUUGCUGCUGGCUGCCAGAGACAUCCGAGCCAAUAAUCUUUUUUCCAAACCAACCUGAUCCCUAAAGGUGAAGUGUGUCAUUUACAAUCGUAAAAUACUUUCGCUUAUCCUCGUAGAAUAUUUAAAGAUCAUUUUAAACAGGCAAUUCGCAUCUUAUAGGUCCCAAACAGUAUUCAAAAUAAGAAUUAAAGGUGCAUUGUGUAACUUUUAAAAUUAUAUGUUGACAGAAAUAAUUUACAUAACUAUAUUAUCAGUGGUGUAUAAAGAUCUUACAUAAUGAACUGUAUUGUUUUUAUUAUCUUAGAAUGAGCAGUUUUUUCUAUAAACACCGUGGGUCUCCUUGCAUGGAAGUUGCCGCCAUGUUUCUACAGUAGCCCUAAACGGACAAACUGCUCUACAGAGCGCAUUUCGUCACUACAUUGUCUCAAACGAUUAUGUGUUUGUCCUGUGGCGUUUACCGUAGCUUCACUGUGUUUCGAAAGGGAGGGGUGAGCCGUUGGUUGCAAUUCACAAUCUCACCACUAAAUGUCGCUAAAAAUUUACACAGUGGACCUUUAAUCGUAGUAUGUUGUAAAGUUCCUGGAUAGUCUACUGUUUCUGAUGAAACAUCGUAGAUCCAUGUACACUCAAACGGCUGAUAUUACUCAAAUCAUUGCAAGGGGUGGGAGUUUAAUUGCACUACACACAAUUAACAAAUUAAAUAAAUUAAACUAUACAGUAAGCAUAACAUGACAAAUAAUGAAUGAUAAAAUGCAAAGAUAAGUUGUAUUUUAAUCACAGCGUCAUCCAUGCAACAGUCGUCACUUCCGCUUCAUGUUAACUCUUUCCCUGCCAACGAGUUUUUUACGCCAAUCCAUAUUUCCGAUGUUGUCCACUAGGUGGGGCUCUUACCCAGCUUAUAAAACACUGAAGCAUCCACUGAUCCAAAAACAGUAAAAACUCUGUGUAUGUUUUGAUCAUUGCUCUGAAUCUGAUCUCUAACAAAAGUCCUUUACAAAAAAUGCAAUUAUCUCAGCUUUUUGGUCAAAAUUUUGUAUUUUUGAAGAAACCUAAUAUGUGAGAUGUGAUCAAAAGAGAACAAAUAAGGAUAGGGUGAAAUGUUUUUACGUUUUGUUUUUUUUUUUAAGCAGAGGGUCUGUUUUUUCAUUUGAUAUAUUGUAUGUUUAUAUAAUAUAACAAUAUUUUUUUUUUAAAAAAUACCAAAUUUUAAGCAAAAAGCUGAAAUAAUUGCAUUUUUGGAAAGGACUUUUGUCUAAAGGGGACAUUUCACAAGUCUUUUUUAAGAUGUCAAAUAAAUCUUUGUUUUCAACUUCUACGUAUGUGAAGUUCUAGCUCAAAAUAUAUAAAUAAUUUAUUAUAACAUGUUAAAAUUCUGACAUGACAAGGGGAGCCAAAUUUCAAUGAUCUAUUUGUUCACAUGUUUGCCGAGAAUGGUUUACCAAAACAAAGUUACUGGGUUGAUCUUUUUCAGAUUUUCUACGUUGAUAGAAGCACUGGGGACCCAAUUAUAGCACUUAAACAUGGAAAAGACAGAUUUUCAUGAUAUGUCACUUUUAAAAAAAAUAAGAUCAAAAGAUACACAGAGUUUAAACUGUUGUUGAAUUCGUUUUUGUUUCAGUUUUUUAUAAAUUGCGUAAGAGCGCCAUCUAGUGGAUAAUAGCGGAUUUAAAGAUUACUGUAAAAACUCGUCAGGGAAGCGUCAUUGGCAGGGAAAUGUUUUCUUUUAAUUGACUUUUCAAUGGCAGGGAAAGAGUUAAAAACGCUGGCAGGAAAAGAGUUAAGAUGUCCCAAUUUGUGCAUACUCUUUCAUCAUUGCUCAAAAGUAUCUACUUUCCCAACACAAAACAGUACAUACUAUUAUGGCAUAGUAUAAGUAGGCAGUACUGUCUCUUAAAAAUAUGAUGAAAUUCGCUCAACACAUGAUGUGCGUUUGGGGGCGGGACUAUCUGUUUUUGUCUAAACAACAGAAAACUUUAGUUUCAGGAAAAGUAAUUUAAUUCGACCUUUUAUUGCUGUUUGGUAAUGCAGUAAUGACACACUUCACCUUUAACAAUUUCACUUGCGUUUCCAGUCCUUUAACAACCCUCUAACAAUUAAUUAAGUACCAAUCUCCCAAAAAUAGUCAUGCUGUUUUCUUUCCUAAUGUUUAAUGGAAUGGAAUGUACCGUCACAAAUGCGAUUGUAGCGCCCGUUGCGUCCAUCCUUUCAUUUGAAAAGGCAGUUUAAUGUUAAGAUUCUCCCAGCAGCUUAGCCCAGGGACAUCCAGAGGAAGAAAAGUGUCUAAUGGCUCGUUCUUCUGGAUGUUCACCCAGUGAAGUUCUCCUGCCGGCGGUUCUUGAGAGAAGGGUGGCGGUAAACUUGGAGGAAGAUCUUUAUCCAGAGCUCAAUCUCAAUAGAGAUACGAUCGUAUCUCUGCUUUGUUUACAUGUCACUCUCUCAUAUUUCUCUCGAAGCUCAAAUACUCACUUUUAUAACGAAGAUCUGCGGGUUUUUCUAGCUCUUACUUAGUGGCUAAUUCUAUAUUUGUCCUCUAUGUCUGUUUUCUGAAGUCUAAACGUGUACCUGUGUAUAACCUCGUGCGUCGUCCGUGUCUUUUACCGGGUUUAGGAACAGGUUUGAUAUGCUGGGAGUUGAAGUCUGUUCUCUCCCACUUGUCACUUUUAUUCUGCGGGGUUCAAAUCUUAACCCUGUUGUUGUAGUAUAUUUGUGCGUGCGCGUGUGUGCUGACGUAGGGAGGAUCGUCUGCCUCUUUACUCUCGCAUUAUCCCUGCCUCUCCCUUUAUCCAGAAACAACACCCCAAACCUGAAUGUUUACAUGAUCGAAUUGUCUUUUCACUUUACUAGAGCGCACACAAACUACUGAAGCCUUAUUCAGUGUUAAAGUACCCUCUUACGGUACUAAGAAGUUCAUCUGAAUAUUACUGUCGCUUUAUUUGACCAAUUCGAAUCCUGGGAAUUCCCGGGAAGACCCAAUGAGAUCUUGGGAAAAACGCAACUGAAUGAGUGUGCUGCUUAGUAUGUGUAUACUACUAAACAAGUGAGAGAUUGUGCUGGUUUACAUGAAUAAAUAUAUACAUAUAUCUAUAAGAGAGAUAUAUAAUGUGUAUAUAGCACUGUGUCUUGUGUAAACAUGAGAUAUAUGGUCAUGUGCUGUAACUUGUGGUUAAAAGGGUUGUUGUUAUGUUUGUCAGAGCAGAGUUUAAUGCAGCGAUAAGCAAUACAGGGAAAUCCAGAAGGGAAAAUUCAUUGAUAUGGCUUCAUAAGUCAAUUACAGUUGUAUAAAGUAUCCCUUUAGAAAUGAUUUUUUUAACGACUUUAAUAUGUUUGUUUUAUUUUGAUUUUUUAUGCAAUUGAGAUGCAAUACCGCUUAUCUAAGAGAGAUUGGUUGGGUAUCAGGGGAAUUCACGAAAAGAGAUCAUGUACCGCAUGUUGUAGAUCGUGGUGGAAAUACGAUGAAAUGGAAAAAUCAUUGAUGUUUAGGAUCACUAGCCAAGAAGGACUUUUUCUAUGAGGAAAAAAUUCCCAGAUAGCCCAAUCUCACACAAGGAGAGCCUUAAACUUUAGUGGGGAAAAAGCUAUCAGUCUGAUCUCCUUUACAAUCCAAUGCGUUUUCUUUACUAAAGUAAUUCAACUUUUUCGAUACAGCCAUAUUAUAAAAGGUAUAUACAUAUAUAUGAUUACAUAUAUAUAUAUAUUUGUGUGUUUGUGUAGAUAAAUAUAUAGAUAUAAUUUGUUAUAGAUCAUUUUAUUCAGUGUUUCAAAACACUUAUACAUUUCAACUUACACUGUCGAUCUAGAAUGUACAGGUGAUCCAAAUAAAAUAUAUAAAUAUAGAUAUAUAUUGAAAAAACACCUUCCAAAGGGAACCUUUUUAAAAUGCAAUACAUUUUUUUUUAUUUCCAGUCAUUUCAGUAAUCGCUAGACAAGUUGACCAAAAAAUACAUUUGAUGUUCAGCUACAGGAUAAAUGUGGUAUCACAUCAAAUCCAUUUUACGAAUGUCAUGAUCGUUUGGCCAGGCCCUUAAAUGUAUGCGUGUGUGUGUGCCUGUGUGUGUGUGUGUGUGUGCCUGUGUGUGUGUGUUGCAUUUCUUUAUAUUUCAUACAUCAAGUCCAUUUUAAUUCACUACAUCUAUCAUCAUACACAUUCAUUGUUCACACACUAAAAAAGAUUUGUUGGUUUAACAAAAAAAUAAUUCAACUUAAAAAUAUCAGUUCACGUGGUGUCGACUAACAUUUUUAAGUUAAAUUAACUCAAAAUUUUAAGGAAACCAAGUUGAACCAACUUAAACAGUCUUGCGAAGUUGUAGAGAAUUUGCCCUCUGAAUCAGCAAUUAUAUUUGGGGAAAACAUUUCGUUGUCUGUGCUAUACCUUAAAUCGUGUUUAUCAAGAAGUGGAUGUAGAAUUCGGUGCCAGAGCAUUAGUUAAUGAUGUCAUUACAUCCGUCAUAUGUUAUUGCUGCUUCAAGAUCUUGUCUUUAGUCGAAACAAAAUCUGAGUCAAAGGGCAUGUGUUGCUUUGCUCAUUGUCUUUUUUAUUAUUUACAUCUAAUGACUAUCAAAUUCACUAUGAUUUUUCUUUUUUAACCUAGUUUUUGGUAAAUACUGUUAGUAAGAUUUUAUAUUUUUACAUUUGUUUUUAUUUGUUUUGAGUUUUUUAUUUAUAUGCCACUUAGUUUGGAUGUCUUUUAAAUGGUGUUGGUUUAUCUUUUUUUUUUGGUAUUGUGUGAUUUCAUGUUUUGAGAAUGUGGAAACGAAUGCAUUUCAGUAUUUUUAAAUUGUUAAAAUCUAGUUUCCUAGAUCAAAAUAUCUAUUUAGUGGAAAUUAUUUGAUGUCAUAAAUUAUAUUUUAAUUCAUGUAAAUAGUGGAAAAAGCAAAUGAUGGCUUCCUUUUAAACUGAACACAUUUCUCUUCCGAGAUUGUUUACAUUAUUAAACUGUAGAAACUGAUCCUCAUAUACUGUAAAAAGUGCAUAUAUUCAUUGUUUUGCCUCAGAAAAAUAAAAUCCAUAAUGAACAUC